AUGGUGCAGAACAUGGUAGCUACCGCAGAGCUGCUGGUCCCGUACGAUAGGAGCGCCGUCAACCUGGGGCUCAUCUUGUGGGGCGCCAUCCGAAACAUACCUCGCAAGGACCGCGUGCAGCUGGUGUCCCGCCUUAACUCCGGGGACAUCAUGCGGCUGUGGAAGGUGGCGGGACAGCGGUACAGCGCGCCCAAGGAGCAGGUGGUGGCAGCCAUCGGUCCAGACUACUCGCUCUGGAAGGACCUGCCCGCGGCUGCCUCUGACAUUUCUCACUUCCGCGGCAAGGCCGCGCUGCCCACGCACGUGCUGGGCGUGAGCAGCUUCUCCAAGGCCUUCUUCCUGCAGCCCGGCUCGGAGCAGCUGUACGGGCGCGUGCUGCUGGGCAAGGGCCCGCUGGGCGACCUGCUGUACCCUCUGUACUUCAAAGCCACCGUGGGGCCCUGCGUGGUGCCAACUACCCAGGAGCUGUGCGACAUGAGGCUGGACUACCUGCCGCCGCAGCAGCUGGGCCUGGCGCGCGACGACCUGCCGCGCAGCAUGUGGCCGACGCCGCGGCCCCACCUGCCGCCCUUCCACGAGGGCUUCACAGACUACCUGCGGGCGGUGGCGCCCGGGGUGUAUGUGGGGCUGGGAUACCGUACCGCCAGCACCGAGCCAAACGACCCGCUGUACUUCCUGAUGGUGCACCAGCGCAUCGAGUCGCUGCUGUGA